CAUACUAUCAUACUUUGAGUAGAGGAGUUCGUAUACAUUUUUUUGCCAUUUUUUUUCCUCACAAGUUAAAGUUAGUAGAUAAUUGAGCAGAGUAACGUUAACUUACAUUAGAGUUUUCAACUGAAACUUUCCUCUCCUGCGCGGGUUUAGAAUGCUAACUUACGGUUAGCUAAUGUUGAGGUCAAGGAAUCGCAAUCUACGGCUACGUAAUUUAUUGCGCGCCUUUUAAUCGCCGAGGUAAGUCGCAGUCUUUUGUCAUUGCAAUUUAGAAACUGUAAUAUUAAGAGAAAAUACCACAUUGACCGGCAAGUACUCAUUUUCCGUUGUGUAAACACAGUGCACUCUUAAGGUUGCAUGUUUAUGUCAGUCAUAAAACGAAUAGUUUGACAGCAACGAGGUCUUGUUUUAAAGUUCUUCAGCAGACUACAAUGAAGCUUGCAUUGUCUGGGAUCCGGGGGACUGAACAUUUUUGUCGGUUUAUCGAGUUAUUACGCAGUCUUGGUUAACUUUUACAUGCAUUUUUACAUUGAUUCUUUAAAUGUUGCUUCCCCCCCCCUCCAGAUUUGCCUGAUUGAUCACUGCCUAGCGUCAUCUUUAUACAACACUUUGCACACACAUUCCACCAAUCCCCUCCACACACACACACACUGAAAGAAAGAAGCAAAAACAGCUCUUUUAAGAGCUACUUUCUCUCUCUCUCUCUCUCUCUCUCUCUCUCUCUCUCUCUCGUUGUGUUUUUGUACCGUUUUGCCAGGUAGGUUCAUUGAAAUGUAUAAAAAAUAUUGUCAAGUUAUUAUGACAGAUUUGAAAUCAAGGCAUGUACACACAAUAACUAAUGCACUGUAUUUGUGUGUGUUUCUACCCCAAAGUAUGGCUGAGAAUACUGAAGGUAAUUCAUAAAUCUGUUGUCUUUCUGAGUAAGAUGUGAUUGGUAUGGUCACCUGUCUGUUUCUUCAAUACAGUGGCUUCAUUUCAUUUCAAAACCAAAGUGAUCAAAACAAAUGAAAGAAAAUUAAUUUAAUUCCUCCUUAACUCUUCCUCCAUAUCUAUUUACCCGCAGCUAUUUGUAUUGACCCUGUGUAGAUGUGACUUUAUGUACUACAACCUCAAUGCCUUCCCAAAGCUAAAGCGCAAGCAAUCUGAUCACAGAAAGAGGUCAGAACAGGAGGGGGGCUCUAUACCAGCCACACCACAGGCACACCACGGGCACACCUCAGCUACUCAUCCACACCAGGGGAGUGAUCCUCUGGAUGGGGUGUCAGGAGGGAGUGAUGAGGAGGGAGGGGGUGAUGAGCUUCCUGAGGAAAACCCUGAGGAGGAAAAUGUGGUACCAUUCGCAGACAUUGAUUUCUAUCAAUGUUUACUGCUGGAGACCGAGCGAGUGUUGGUGAUUGGUGGUGGGACCAUAUUUGUCCUCAACCACUUCAACACGGUGACAAAGUGUUUGGAUAACGAGAAAUUGAUGGUCGUGGAAAGGAAGGCUGUUGUGUUUGAAGGGAGCAGCUCCUAUAUUUAUAAAUGCUCCUGCGACUUCCACCAUGGGAGGCUUGUGGAAGCUCUCUCUGACCACUUGGAGCAGUCCUUUCAUGAGACCAGCUGCAUCCAUGUCAAGGCCCUGACACGAGUCCUACACAAUUUAAAUGUGCCCGAGGUGCCUAUGAAUCAGGAAGAUGAUCACAAUUAUGCAUGCUCUCUUUACAAUGAGUCAAUGGUUCUGCAGAUCCCUUUUGCACCUUCACACUUUGUGGUGCUUAAGACCAAAGCGCAUGGUAUAGUAAAGGCACAUGCUGGCACUAUGAAGUGCCAGACGUGCAACAGAGGCAACACACAAUGUGGCCAUGUGCGAGUCCUGCAGGACUGUUUAAAAGCAACAGGUGCUGAGGGGAGUGCCGUGAGAGCAGCUCUGAGAGGAGGAGGGCCCUAUCAGGAUGUCCGGAAGCUGGCAGUGUCCUCAAAGCCCAUCCCCUUUGACCUCCCCAUCGACAAGAGGAUACAUUACAGCCGUUCUUUUGUAAUGCUGGAGAGGAACUUAGAGGGGGUGAUACUCCUCCAAAGCAAUGUUGGGAGGUGUGAUUGUGGCCAUUCCAUGUCUGCCACACCUAAAGACGUGUAUAUUUACAGUCAGUCCACGGUGGCAAAAGCGAUACUUUAUCAACAGGCAUGUGAGUCAUGUGGACACCAACAGCAUUUUGAUGGGGGAGACGAGUUCCUCCUGAACAUGGGCACAUAUGUAGUGCACCAUGAAGUCCUUAGGGACUAUUUUUACCACUUCCUGAAUUCAAGCUCCACAAUGUACAACUACUUGGAAGUGUACAACACCAACAUGUUGGACAGGGCAGUUCCCGAGAGCAUCCAAAUAACAUACAGGAAGUUCCGAGAUGCUGUCCUGUCCUUCAUGGAUCUGAUGACGGCAGACUUUGCAGACGGGUUUAAAUGCCCUGUCUGCAAAGACAAGUACACAGCUGUGGUCAUGGAUGGCACAUCCCUGGGCUACCAGCAGAAAUAUGCCCUGAAAAGGGAUGGGCAGUAUGGUACCCGAGUGGCAAAUUCUGGAAGCAGUCAUCCUGAAAGGGUGCUGGUGAGCAGUGCACCCCUCCGCAAGCUGCUCACCAAAUUUGUAGAUGACGGCCUGACGCCUGCAGAGGCUAUUGAAAUGGAGGGCCUAGCAGAGCGGCACUCUGCAUUCUUGCUGCCUCUGCUCCAGGCCUGCUUGGAGGUGGGGAUGACCUGUGUUGGACCAUGUCGCCGCAUAGUCCAGGAGGUGGCCAAGAACUCCCCUGCCUGCGCUCUGCUCCACCCUAGUGAACGGGUGGAAGCUAUGGUUCAGGACCUUGAAGCCAUGGGCUACACGGGAGUGGAGGGGCACCCACAACUUCUAAAGACCCUAGCUGAGGAGUGCCCCUUGUUCUUUCAAAUGGUUGGGGCGGAGGGAGCAUUCCCCGAGGUAGCUGUGCCCAUUUUCCGGGCGCUCCACCAGAAGGCAAGGGGCGCUCUGAUGAAGCCAGCCCUGGACACUCCUCUCACAACUAUGGAGAGGGAUGGAGAUUUUUUCCCUUGUCUCCCCCUUGUCCGGGACCGGGGUUUAUUUGAUGCAGAUGGCGAGAGGGAGCAGGGCCGUUUGACAGACUGCAGGAAGGUGGGGAGCAGGCACCCAAGCCUAAUUCCUGGCAUAUUCACACUGUUCUGCAAACAUGGAGUAUGUCUUGGCUUCUCCAUCAUGGAGCAGGUGGAGUCGGUGAACGUGCCAUUCUCCAUUUUACGGAGCAGAUUCACCAAAUGUCCGGAGGUAGUCAUUUAUGAUAAUGCCUGUCAGCUCCACACUUACGCCAUUAGGAGGGACCCCCAAUUUUUUAAUAAAACCUGGUUUUUGGUUAAUCGCCUCCAUUGGAGGAAUCAUUCAGGUAUUGGAUGA